GGCGUAUUUCACUCUGCAGUUAGAGCUUAUGACAGGCCUUACAGGCGUUCAGGUAGCCAGACUCAAAAGCAUUUAUUCUCUCCCCCUCAGCUUUGUAAGCCCUGCCUCUUCAGCUCAUGACAUGAAGACAGAACUGGUGAUUCACAGCCUGGAUUCCACAGGAGAGGAGCUGAGACCUGACCUGAGCAGAAGAGAGGACAUGGAGGGCAGGACAGAGGGGAACACUGGGCUGAGUCAGGCGGAGAAAGAGAUACUCGCCAACAUAAAAGAGGAAGAGGAGGAGGUGGAGGAAGGUGCAGCUUCUGGGGACGUUCCAUCACUGUAUAAGGUGCUUUGGAGUUAGUGUUAGUCUUGGAGGGUCUGCGGUAUAUGGCAGCCUAUUGCAGUAGUGUCUGAGGUGUUUGCCUGCUCCCAGUGCCCAUUCAUUCAUAUGGAAGAACCAAACCUUCACCAGCACAUUGAAAAGGUUCACCCAGAGGAGCACACCAGGAUUCAGAAGUCUGGAGGAAAUGGAGCAGAGGACCCACUGCCUCCCAGCAGCACACAUCAGCACCCCACACCCCCUAAAACACUCCCCACCCCGACACAGUCCCACACAGGCGCUCCAGGGGCCCACACCUGCUCCCAGUGUGGGAAGAAUUUUGGAUGGCAAUCUGAACUUAUAAGACAUGUACGAACCCACACAGGAGAACGUCCGUACGACUGCUCGCAGUGUGGGAAGAGUUUCAGGCUGGCAUCUCACCUUGCGGUACAUCAGUUAAUUCACACGGGCGAGCGGCCAUACCAGUGCUCCCACUGUGGCAAGAGCUUCAGAUCAGCAUCAGACCUGACAAGACACCAGCGGACCCACACAGGGGAGCGUCCGUUCCACUGUGCCUUGUGUGGGAAGAGCUUAAUUCAGUCCAGGACGCUGAAAAUACAUCAGCGGAGUCACACAGGAGAAUGCCCGUUCCACUGCUCCCAGUGCGGGAAGAGCUUCAGAUCCGCAUCGAUCCUGACAAUCCACCAACGAACUCACACUGGCGAGCGCCCGUUCCAGUGCGGCCAGUGUGGACGAAGCUUCAGUCAGUCAAGCACUCUGAUUUUGCACCGGCGCACUCACACUGGGGAGCGGCCGUACCACUGUCUGGAGUGCGGAAAGCGCUUCAGUCACUCCAAUUCUCUCACACUGCACCAGCGAAUUCACACAGGAGAACGGCCAUUCCAGUGCUCUCCGUGCGGAAAGAGUUUCAGUCAUUCAAAAUCUCUGACUCUGCACCAACGAACUCAUACCGGGGAGCGUCCCUUUCAUUGUUCCCUCUGUGGGAAGAGCUUUAGGUUUGCAUCAAACCUCACAAAACACCAGAGAACCCACUCAGGGUAGUUUCAGUAAAAUCCAGUGCUACUGACCAAACCUCAUUACUGCGACUGCUUCACUGCUAUUGACCAAACCUCAUUACUGCGACUGCUUCACUGCUACUGACCAAACCUCAUUACUGCGACUGCUUCACUGCUACUGACCAAACCUCAUUACUGCGACUGCUUCACUGCUACUGACCAAACCUCAUUACUGCGACUGCUUCACUGCUACUGACCAAACCUCAUUACUGCGACUGCUUCACUGCUACUGACCAAACCUCAUUACUGCGACUGCUUCACUGCUACUGACCAAACCGUGUGUGGAAUUAGUCACACAAGGUGUGUUCACCGUGUGGCAGCCAUGUGUUGCAUUUGCGUUCUGUGUAACCUUAACCUUAAUUCAAAUAAACAGGCAAUUUUAAAGUGAGCUGUUAAUUGAAUUGUAUUAUGAACAGGAAGCAACUCUUACUACUACAGUAUAAGCCCACAAGCAAUUUUUCAUUUUAAUUAUUUCAGUCAUUUACGCAAUUUCAUGUUAACAUCAUUUUGAAGACAUUUCUAUGCUAUAGUCAUUGAUGUGUAAUGAAGGGAGGAGAUUUUUCUGUAGCAUAACUAAAGUUAUGGUACCAACAAGUACCGCUCUAAAUUCCUAAGCCUUGCAGCAGGGCCCCUCUGUCUCCAGGCCACCAACCUCCCAAGGACAACAAGUUUGAAAUGUCGCCUAUAAUCCUGUAGCCUAUAAGUGUGUGUGUGUGUGUAUGUGUGUUCUUCUCUCUGUCUUUUUAUGCUUUUCUAGAAACCCAAAUGGGAGUUUGGCCUUUUGCCUCAUUCUCCCUCUGCCAUCCUGAUAAAGGAGGAACCAGCUAUGAUGCCAUGCUGCCCAGGACUCUGAAAGCAACUGAUAGAUCAAAGACUAAACAAUUAUUUUUGAUUUAAAAGCCUGUUUAGACUAAGCGGUCACCAGGUGCCUAUGUAGUAUCUCAUGUUAGACAAGACAUAGCCAAUCGUUUACUUUGUUAUAUGAAAGGACACAGCCAUUAAUUUCCUUUGUUAAAUCUUACUUUAUGCUUUACUGUUAAGAUACUUUUUGCUUAUAAAAGCAGGGACCGCCCCUGCUUUCUUCAGUUCGGCCUUAUCCACCUUGUUGUGUGUAGGUGCCGGACUCUUUCUGCAGAAAUAAAUCCUAUUUCUUAU